AUGACACGGCCAACUUCUCCCGAAGCGAUUGAGAAGCGCUAUGUAGGGAAAACACUCGGAGAAGUUCCCACACCUUGUGCAGUUCUCGACCGCGCAAAAGUCGAAGCCAAUUGUCAGCGCAUGUUGGACGCCGUCGAGAAGCUCAACAUUGGCUGGCGGGCACACGUCAAGAGCCACAAGACAAUCGAGAUCACAAGGUUGCAGGUUGGGGACAAGAAUGACACCCCCGUCAAAGUCAUCGUAUCGACUCUCCUCGAAGCCGAGAAGCUCCUGCCUCUGCUCAAAGAGUACCAGGAAAAUGGUCGCGAAGUCAACGUCCUCUACUCCUUCCCGCUGUUCCCCUCCUGCGUCAGCAGGAUAGCCGCCCUGGCGUCGGAGCUCGGCCCGGGCGCCGUCUCCGUGCUCAUCGACCACCCGGACCAGAUCCCCAGCCUGGCGGCGAUCCGGCGCUCGGGCACCGCCGUAGACGCCUUCCUCAAGAUCAACAUGGGCAACAACCGCGCGGGCGUCAUCCCCCGCUCCGACGCCUGCCGCGCGCUCGUGGCGCGGCUCCUCGCCGCGCACGACGAGGGCGCCUGCCGCCUCGCGGGGCUGUACGCGCACGCGGGCCACUCGUACGCCACGCGCCGCACGUGGGAGGCCAUGGAGUACCUGGCGGCCGAGCUCUUCGCCCUGCGCGACGUCGCGGCCGACGUGCGCGAGCAGCAGCGGAGGCGGUCCCAGCAGCAGCCCCUCCCGCUCGUGCUGUCGGCCGGCGCCACGCCGACGGCCACGUCGCUCCAGCACCCGCACCUGCGCGAGGAGAACACGACGGCGGCUACGACGACGCCCGGUGAGGGCGACGAGUCGGACCUGCCGGGCUCCGGCCCCGCCGAGCUCGAGACCCUCAUCGCCGAGCUGCGCUCCUCGCCCUCGACGGCGGCGCUCGAGGUCCACGCGGGCGUGUACCCGCUCCUCGACCUGCAGCAGCUGGCCACGCACGCGCGCUCCGAGGACCGCGGCCUCGCGGCGUCGGACCUGGCGCUCACGGUGCUGGCCGAGGUGGCCUCGGUCUACCCGGGCAGGGGCUACGACGGCACGGCCGAGGCGCUCAUCAACGCGGGGAGCCUGGCCCUCGGGCGGGAGCCGUGCCGGGACGCGAGCGUCGACGGCGAGGGCGACUACGCCGGCUGGGGGAUCCUGAUGCCCUGGCGGCAGCAGGCAAAGGGCGAAUCUUCUUCUUCAACUACUACGAGUGGUGGUGGGCAGAAGAAGGAGGGAGAAGAAGAAGAGGUAGAAAGGCACGUGCAGAUCUGGCCCGGGUGCGAGUUCCCGCACGCGCACGGCGGCUGGGAGGUGGCCCGGAUCAGCCAGGAGCACGGCACGCUGGCGUGGUGCGGCGCCCCCGGCGACGAGGCACCGCUGCGCGUAGGACAGAGGGUCCGGGUGUGGCCCAACCAUGCGUGCAUCGCCGGCGCCAUGUUUGACAGGUAUCUCGUCGUCGACAGCCGAUUGAAAGGCAGAGAAGAUGAGAUUGUUGAUGUUUGGGAGAGAUGGAGAGGGUGGUAA